UACAUACACACUAGUUCGGUUGAGAAGAAUAAUGGGACAUUCAAGCCAUAAUGCUUGUGCAAUUGCUCUAGCAAUUUCAUGUCUGAUUGUAGCUGCAUCGGCAGGAAGUUUUUAUGACGAAAUGGACAUCACUUUUGGAGGUGAACAUGCUAAAAUUUCCAAUGGCGGUCAGGAUCUAUCCCUUUCACUCGAUCAGUACUCCGGUUCAGGUUUCCAGUCCAAGCACGAGUACCUCUUUGGAAGGUUCGACAUGCAACUCAAACUAGUACCUGGAAACUCUGCUGGUACUGUCACCACCUUCUAUUUAUCGUCACAAGGAGCGGGGCAUGAUGAGAUAGACUUUGAGUUCUUGGGCAACACCACAGGAAGCCCUUACACAAUCCACACCAAUGUAUACUCGCAAGGGAAAGGAGAUAAGGAACAACAGUUUCACCUAUGGUUCGACCCAACUGCCGCCUUCCACACCUACACUAUUGUAUGGAACGCACAAAGAAUCAUUUUCUUGAUUGAUAACAUACCAGUGAGGGUGUUUAACUUCUUGGUUACCGAAUUGAUCUUCAUUAACAACCAUGAGGCUGCUGGAGUUCCCUUUCCCAAGAGCCAACCGAUGAGAGUGUAUGCCAGCCUGUGGAAUGCAGAUGACUGGGCAACCCAGGGUGGGCGUGUGAAAACUGACUGGAAAAAUGCACCUUUCACCGCUUACUACAGGAAAUUCAAUGCCAAUGCCGAUAAAGUUGGUCCUAACUCAAGGUCGACAAGCUCUGUAAAUGACAACCAGGCAUGGAGAACUCAAGGAGUCGAUGCAGCUGGCCGAAACAGGAUUAGGUGGGUGCAGAACAAGCACAUGAUCUACAACUACUGCAAUGACCGCACACGCUUUACUAACGGUCUUCCUGCUGAAUGCAAACGCUCCAGAUUCCUCUAAGCCUACAUGGGAUUUUGGUUUGAAUGCAAUUCAUCAUCACCUUCUAGUAAAUAUUUCCAGUCUUGAAAAUUCUUUAUUCUUUCAUAUUGUACUUGUACUUGAUGCAACGAUGAUAAUAAAUAAAUGAACAACAAAAUUCUUUAUUC